GUUUUGGCAGCCAAGGAAGACGCAGUUUCCAGAAAGAUGUCCGCCCCUCGGUUCUGUCGCAUCUGCUUUGAGGGCGAACAACACAUACCCCCAGCCUCAUCAUCUUGCCUUUCCUGCUUACCCUCGGGGCCAGCAGGUGCUGCCAAUCCCCUCAUCAGACCCUGCUUAUGCUCGGGCACUGCAGCCUGUGUUCACCUGAUGUGCCUGCAGAGAUGGCAGGCCCAUUCCAAGUCGGCAGUCUGCGAGCUCUGCCAGGCACCGUUUGAGAUUCCAAAAGGAUUGAGGAUUACAGAGGUCACGGACGCCAUGGACCAACAGGCUUUGACCGGCUCACCCCAAGGUGGGGCAGGAAUUGGGUGCUUGCAGAAGCUGGCCGUGUCGUCUGUGUAUACGAUCCUUGUACUCAUACCCCUGACAGCCAUGGUGUUGAUUAUAAGCCUGCCGCUGGGCCAGCGCUGGAAAGGGGAGACGUGGCUUGACACCAGCUUGGGCAUGCUGGUGCGAGUCAUUUUAUCGCUCCUGGUUCUAGGGGUGUACGUCCUGACUAUCUACUGCUGUAUCUUCAAGCGUGGCUGCCUCCUGAACUGGAUGAAUACCAGCCGACAGCGACAGCGCUGGCCAUACCCGAGAGCCGGUGCACCACACAACACUGAAUGGAAUCACCCCCUCAUGUAUAGGGGAGUCGGGAACCGGGACUAUCACUACAUGGACAUUGCUUUCAUGCUGUAGUCAUGCAACAUGUUCUGUCAGAACCAGAUGAUAUUCUGGUUGGACCUUGAAACAGAGAUAUGACACGUCUUCAAUUUUCAGGAGUUUUUCCUUCAACUUUUUGAAAAAGUUUCAGACUAAUUUGGCCUUUAAAAGGUGUAUCCGUACGUACUGCAACAGGCAGUUUGAGUUGUCCCUUUUGUGACAUCUUGCAAUUUAAAGGGAAGAUACAACAUUUGCAAACAUCAAAAAACGAAAUGAUCAACUUAUCACGAAAU